AUGUUUUACUCCAUGUACUAUAGAAGCAGAGGAACAGUGUUUACCUCAGUCCCAUUGGGUUUCAAAGCAGUCAGUCCCAAAGUGGGGUUCCUGUUUGUCUCCGCAGCCCUAACAGCCUACACCUACCUCACCAUCUUUGACCUGUUCAGUUUGAUCACCUGUCUGAUCAGCUCCUGGGUCAGCAUGAAGAAGCCCAGUCAAGUCUACUCCUUUGGGUUUGAGCGGCUGGAAGUGUUGGCGGUGUUUGCCUCCACGGUGCUGGUGCAGCUGGGAGCUCUGUUCAUCCUGAAGGAGAGUGUGGAGCGCUUCAUGGAGCAGCCGGAGGUCCACACGCUGUCUCACUCAGAGGAGCACCACUGUAGGCUGUCCCACUCAGAGGAGAACCACUGUAGGCUGUCUCACUCAGAGGAGAACCACUGUAGGCUGUCCCACUCAGAGGAGAACCACUGUAGGCUGUCCCACUCAGAGGAGAACCACUGUAGGCUGUCUCACUCAGAGGAGAACCACUGUAGGCUGUCCCACUCAGAGGAGAAGAACUGUAGGCUGUCUCACUCAGAGGAGAACCACUGUAGGCUGUCCCACUCAGAGGAGAACCACUGUAGACUGUCCCACUCAGAGGAGAACCACUGUAGGCUGUCCCACUCAGAGGAGAACCACUGUAGGCUGUCCCACUCAGAGGAGAACCACUGUAGGCUGUCCCACUCAGAGGAGAAGAACUGUAGGCUGUCUCACUCAGAGGAGAACCACUGUAGGCUGUCCCACUCAGAGGAGAACAACUGUAGACUGUCCCACUCAGAGGAGAACCACUGUAGGCUGUCCCACUCAGAGGAGAACCACUGUAGGCUGUCCCACUCAGAGGAGAACCACUGUAGGCUGUCCCACUCAGAGGAGAAAACUGUAGGCUGUCCCACUCAGAGGAGAAGAACUGUAGCUGAGGAGAACCACUGUAGGCUGUCCCACUCAGAGGAGAACCACUGUAGGCUGUCCCACUCAGAGGAGAACCACUGUAGGCUGUCCCACUCAGAGGAGAACCACUGUAGGCUGUCCCACUCAGAGGAGAACCACUGUAGGCUGUCUCACUCAGAGGAGAACCACUGUAGGCUGUCCCACUCAGAGGAGAAGAACUGUAGGCUGUCUCACUCAGAGGAGAACCACUGUAGGCUGUCCCACUCAGAGGAGAACAACUGUAGACUGUCCCACUCAGAGGAGAACCACUGUAGGCUGUCCCACUCAGAGGAGAACCACUGUAGGCUGUCCCACUCAGAGGAGAACCACUGUAGGCUGUCCCACUCAGAGGAGAAGAACUGUAGGCUGUCUCACUCAGAGGAGAACCACUGUAGGCUGUCCCACUCAGAGGAGAACAACUGUAGACUGUCCCACUCAGAGGAGAACCACUGUAGGCUGUCCCACUCAGAGGAGAACCACUGUAGGCUGUCCCACUCAGAGGAGAACCACUGUAGGCUGUCCCACUCAGAGGAGAACCACUGUAGGCUGUCCCACUCAGAGGAGAAGAACUGUAGGCUGUCCCACUCAGAGGAGAAGAACUGUAGCUGGUCCCACUCAGAGGAGAACCACUGUAGGCUGUCUCACUCAGAAGAGAACCACUGUAGGCUGUCCCACUCAGAGGAGAACCACUGUAGGCUGUCCCACUCAGAGGAGAACCACUGUAGGCUGUCCCACUCAGAGGAGAACCACUGUAGGCUGUCCCACUCAGAGGAGAACCACUGUAGACUGUCCCACUCAGAGGAGAACCACUGCUGUCUCACUCAGAGGAGAACCACUGUAGGACUGUCCCACUCAGAGGAGAACCACUGUAGGCUGUCUCACUCAGAGAGAAAGAACUGUAGGCUGUCCCACUCAGAGGAGAACCACUGUAGGCUGUCUCACUCAGAGGAGAACCACUGUAGGCUGUCCCACUCAGAGGAGAACCACUGUAGGCUGUCCCACUCAGAGGAGAACCACUGUAGGCUGUCCCACUCAGAGGAGAAGAACUGUAGCUGGUCCCACUCAGAGGAGAACCACUGUAGGCUGUCUCACUCAGAGGAGAACCACUGUAGGCUGUCCCACUCAGAGGAGAAGAACUGUAGGCUGUCUCACUCAGAGGAGAACAACUGUAGACUGUCCCACUCAGAGGAGAACCACUGUAGGCUGUCCCACUCAGAGGAGAACCACUGUAGGCUGUCCCACUCAGAGGAGAACCACUGUAGCCUGUCCCACUCAGAGGAGACCCACUGUAGGCUGUCCCACUCAGAGGAGAACCACUGUAGGCUGUCUCACUCAGAGGAGAACCACUGUAGGCUGUCCCACUCAGAGGAGAACCACUGUAGGCUGUCCCACUCAGAGGAGAACCACUGUAGGCUGUCCCACUCAGAGGAGAACAACUGUAGGCUGUCCCACUCAGAGGAGAACCACUGUAGGCUGUCCCACUCAGAGGAGAACCACUGUAGGCUGUCCCACUCAGAGGAGAACCACUGUAGGCUGUCCCACUCAGAGGAGAACCGCUGUAGGCUCUCCCACUCAGAGGAGAACCGCUGUAGACUGUCCCACUCAGAGGAGAACCGCUGUAGGCUGUCCCACUCAGAGGAGAACCGCUGUAGGCUGUCCCACUCAGAGGAGAACCACUGUAGGCUGUCCCACUCAGAGGAGCACCACUGUAGGCUGUCCCACUCAGAGGAGAACCGCUGUAGGCUGUCCCACUCAGAGGAGAACCACUGUAGGCUGUCUCACUCAGAGGAGAACCACUGUAGGCUGUCCCACUCAGAGGAGAACCACUGUAGGCUGUCCCACUCAGAGGAGAACCGCUGUAGGCUCUCCCACUCAGAGGAGAACCGCUGUAGGCUGUCCCACUCAGAGGAGAACCGCUGUAGGCUGUCCCACUCAGAGGAGAACCGCUGUAGGCUGUCCCACUCAGAGGAGAACCACUGUAGGCUGUCCCACUCAGAGGAGAACCACUGUAGGCUGUCCCACUCAGAGGAGAACCGCUGUAGGCUGUCCCACUCAGAGGAGAACCACUCAGUGGGGAUAGGGGUCAUGCUCCUACAGCAGUGGGGUCAUGCUCCUACAGCAGUGGGGUCAUGCUCCUACAGCAGUGGGGUCAUGCUUCUACAGCAGUGGGGUCAUGCUCCUACAGCAGUGGGGUCAUGCUCCAGCAGCAGUGAGGUCAUGCUCCAGCAGCAGUGGGGUCAUGCUCCUACAGCAGUGGGGUCAUGCUCCUGCAGCAGUGGGGUCAUGCUCCAGCAGCAGUGGGGUCAUGCUCCUGCAGCAGUGGGGUCAUGCUCCUGCAGCAGUGGGGUCAUGCUCCUGCAGCAGUGGGGUCAUGCUCCUGCAGCAGUGAGGUCAUGCUCCAGCAGCAGUGGGGUCAUGCUCCAGCAGCAGUGGGGUCAUGCUCCUGCAGCAGUGGGGUCAUGCUCCUGCAGCAGUGGGGUCAUGCUCCAGCAGCAGUGGGGUCAUGCUCCAGCAGCAGUGGGGUCAUGCUCCUGCAGCAGUGGGGUCAUGCUCCUGCAGAAGUGGGGUCAUGCUCCUGCAGCAGUGGGGUCAUGCUCCUGCAGCAGUGAGGUCAUGCUCCUGCAGCAGUGA